AACCUUCAUCUAUGAAUAACUGGAUUACGUUGUCUGCAAUCAUAUUGAUAUCUAGAAGCUAGAUCUACCAAUUGUAUGAUAAAUUUCUCAAUUCCUUUUGAAUUCUGCUUCGUCUUCCGGCAGAUCUCCCCGCUCCGGUCAUGCACUCGUGAAUUCAAGUUUUGCCUGUGUGAAGAGACAUUACAUCGAUGUGAGAUUGAUUUAGGUGCUGAGUAACAAACAGAAUUUCACUCUCUUCCUGACAAGUUCCGAUCACAUUUUUCUAGAAAGUCCAACAAACAGAAUACGUUUAUGGGACGCAUGUAGUAUUUAGGUAAUAGUUGACAAAACAGGCCGGAGUACAGAAUGAGUUGUGCCCUAGUGAACCAUAAUGUUCCGUCCCUUGUGGAUUUGUGUGUUCAAAUUGCUAUACGUUAUGUUAGGUACCUUGAUGAUGUAGGUGAAACGGACUAUCACCUUCUCGACCGCAUUCUACCCCAUUGUAAUAUUGACCAGUUGGCACGUAUUGAGAGGUCAACAGAAGGUAGAGAUCUUAGCCCUGUGACUGAUAAACUUUGGAAGAGAUUUUAUGAGCGGCAAUUUGGUGAAAACAACACCAAUCACGUUGAGAAAAUGAUGCGGAAAGGCAAGACUUAUCUGUGGAAACAUUUGUACGAGGCAAAAUUCGAGCAAGAAGAGGAAGCCAAAGAGAGGUCCUUUGAAAGAAUCAAGUAUCUUUACAAGAAACAAGAAGCUGAGAAACAAAACCGGCAAAUUAAGAUCUGCACAAAGAUUCCACCUUCUAAAUGUAAAAGAAGCUUUUAUGGAGGCGGGAGCAAUGUUUACAACACAAAGAGUACAGUAAUGAAGAAGGCAAAGUUGGAUUACUUGAAAAGUCCAGAAUUUAAGAAUAUAGCUGCUUUGAAGAAUAAGGCUGUGCAAAGAACUAGCAGUGUUUUCUCUCCAAAGAAACCGGACGGACGUUGUAUGGUUGCUGCUCUUUCAACACCCAAACCGGUGAAGAGGCCAUUGGAGAUAGAAGCAUUGAAACCAAUGAAGAGACCGUUGGGGAUAGAAGCAUUGAAACCGAUGAAGAGACCAUUGGGGAUAGAAGCAUUGAAACCGAUGAAGAGACCGUUGGAGAUAGAAGCAUUAAAACCAAUGAAGAAACCAGCAAUGAAAGAAGCAGCAAAGCUGAUGAAACCUGCUGCAGGUAGGAGAUUCUAGAGCUCCCCCAACGUUGCUCGAUAAUGCACUUUUUUCUCAAACUUUAAAGAAAACAAAUAAUAACCAUCUGUUGCAUAGUAUUUUUUUAUGAAUCAAAAGAAAAAAAAUGGAAGGUUUUAUUUGUGCUGUAACAUUUCAAGCGAGCUGUAUAAGUUUGUGCUUUAACAUUUAUUAGGUGCUUUAGUUGAUUAAUAUUUGUGCGGUAACAUAUACUCCGUAUUUCAAACAAGUUCUAUUUAUUUUGUCCACUUUGCAGUUUUUUGAAAUGACAUAAUUUGGAAAUAUAUAUAUCAGUAAUGU